ACAAGACUUUGAUAUGGCUAAGGGUGAGUUUGACAUGUUGUAGUUAUGUGCUGGGGGAGGGGGGGCUAUGAUAUUUUCCUUUGAUAAAUCAACAUCUCUUUAGGGGGUCAGAAAUAAACCCCUGAGAUGAUCAGGGGGCUUCAAAAAAUGAAAGGAAAAAUAAGGAAAUCAUCAUAGCCCACCCUCUAGAUAAAUUAUGAAUGCUCCCUUAGCCCCAAUGAAACAAAUCACAUAAAACAACAACUGGUAGGAGUCUUUUCUAACAGAACAACCUCGUUCCCAGGCACUUUUCGUUUUCCAAUAUGGUGGCAAGAGGCUGUAUUGCAUAGUGGCUAGAUAUUUCGUAAUUCUGUAGUUUAAGUCAAAACUCAAAAAUCAUUUGUUGGCACGGCAUGAAAGGAUAAUUUUGGGCUUUGGGACCCUUCAUUUUUAACAGACAAUUCUUUCAACAUGCGAGAAUAAACACGAAAGGGUUUAGAGGCACAUGUGGGCAAAAUAGAAUCCUUCAAAACCGCUUUUGUUUUUAUAAGCUUAUCGAAGCUUACCACCACGUUCAUUUAAGCUUUAACAAAUAUCCUUUUAAAAUUUUCACGAAUACAGAGAACAAAUUACGUACCACUUAAACUCCUCCGGUAUCGCUCUCUUUGCAGUGUAGUGUGGAUAAAAUGAUGCUCAGUCUGUUGAAUCGUCGAGGUGGUCAGCGUCGUUCGAGAAAACCGCUGAAAUCAGCUGCGGCCUCGGAAAUAAGCGUUCAGGAAUUUUGACAAAGCAAACUCUAUAGCCGCGUGGGAGUUAAAUUUGCGGUUACAAAUCUUUUACAAAUCUCUACAAGAUAACUGAUCCUCAAAUUAUAUCAAGGCGCAAAGGCCUGCUUACUGCAUGAGAAACCAACUACAAGGGAUUAGAGGAUCUUACCCAAGAUAACCACUGAAUAACCAGCUGCAGCAAAUACUAUUACUGUUAAACUUUGAGAAGACUGAUGCUGAUUGAGCAAACGGGGCAAUGGUAAAGCAAACCUUGCGUGAAAUUGCAAGUUUGGUCAAUGUGCAAACGUUGGUUAAAGUGGUCGCGAAGAUAAUUCUUUGAUCAUUUUUUGCUUAAAUUUACAACUCUAGUAACCAUACAUUUUACACAGUAACUUUGCUAUGUCAGCAAAUAUCAUGCAAACAUUCAUUUUUGACGUUUGAUUUUUACAUAGAGAACAAAAUAGAGGCAAAUUUGAAUCUAAACACCAACUUUACUAUAAGGAGCAAAAGUGAAACAAAAUCUGUGUAAACUUGAUAUUUACUCCACAUUUACGCCAACUUUGCAGAAAAGUAAACUUUCACUUUUGAACAAAAUUUGCACCAAGAACAAAUGAGUAGCAACAUUAGUACUCUAAAUUUACAACAAAUUUGCUCAACUAGCAAACUUAAGCAAAUCCGUUUUUUCGUCCAGUGUGUGAAACCGUACAAUACACUUAAGCGAACUUCAGCAGCGGCAGCAAACCUUAGGUAUUUCACUUGAUAUCAUAUUCAUAACUUCACCACAGUGUUAAGGUGCAUAGAGUGCUACCUUUUUUUCAUAUUGUUGAGCUGCUCAUGAAUAAGUUGUUGUUUUCAUUUUCUCUUAGGGCUGCAUUUCUGCAUUUAUUACUAGAGAAUAUCUUUCCUCGAUUCCCUUAUCAGGAAUAGAGUACAAUAAAUAUCGGCUGCCAAUAACAUUUCUUUGUAAAUUCUCUAGCCAGCAAGUCCGCCCAUUCUUCCACUUGUGUAUGUUACGACUCCAUUGCGAUUAUCAUUCUUAUUUGCAGGAAUUGCUAGUCUGGGAUCGACUUGCGCGAAGAAAUUCGGAUCUGCUCUCGCUAAUGAUGUUGGCCUUGGAACAGCUAUUAUUGUGGCUCAUGAACUGGCCCAUACGUAAGGGAUUUUGCAAAAUUUAUUGGAAAAGAGCCAAAAAGUUAUAUUUUUUCUUGUCACUAACAAUGUUACCAGUGGUAAAGUAGGGACCAAAUUGUUCUCUUUUUAUCGCGGUGAAAUUUCAUUAACUUGCUGUGGAAUUCAUAAAAAGUUACACCAAUGACUUCACGUUUAAAUGAGCGAGAAUCUCGUUAUAAUUUAAUGUUAUCUGCUAUUUUUAGGUGGUUUAACCGGUCUGAUAGUUUUUUUUUUGGCAAAACCUCCAACCCUGAUAUGGUUAGUGCUUGUGAUUGGUUGAAAAACCGUUUGUAGCGUCGCGAUCAGAUUGUCAAGAUUUGGGCGCCCUUCAAUAAUAGUGCUAAUUAAAGUAAAUUACCCUCCAUGACUUAAAAAAGUUAAAAUUGGGUUCUUCCUAAUUAUAUUUGUGCAUAUAGCAAAACUAUUUGUAAAUGAGAGAUUUUAUCCUAAAGGAUGGGAGUAGCACAUGACAGUUCCCCGUGUGCAAAUCAUAAAAACAUAAUGGCCUCUACCAUACCCAGUGGUCCAGGAUCAUUGACGUGGUCUGCGUGCAGUAGAAAAAAAAUUCAGGAGUUCCUAAGGUACCGUGUGACAUUUGCGUUAUCUAUUUAACAGGAUAUAAGGAAGGUGUGUGUGCAUGGUAUUCUCGUAAUAGCAAGCUGGUGUGCAAACUAGCAACCCUUAUUUGAUUUUGGUUGCGUCUUUUGCCUUGCUUGUCUAACAAACUGCGCUCCACCCUCCACACUUCUCAUGAUAACCUACUAAAUGAAUCGUCAAUUAGGUGCGACGGUUUUCAAUUGACCACUACAGAAUGGCCCCAAGAGAAACUGAAAACAACGCUUAUGCAAAAUUUGGUUGUGACAAACAAAGAGCAUUAUGGUAUGUUAUGGUAUUUCCUGUAGUGGUCAAUAAGAGGGAAAUAAGCAUAUCGUGUUGUCAACAAGGGCAAAUAAUCGCACCUUAGUCACAGCAAAAAAAUGGUGGCAACUGCCUUGCUACAGUCACGGAAAAGCAAGCGUCAAAUCCUAGUGUACCCGCCCUGUACAUCGAACAUUUAUAGGGGAUCAGCUUGUUCCGAGCAAAUCACUCAUGCAAUUAAGACAAUUACAUAAGGAUUUUUAAAUAAGUAUUGAUCUUCCUUUACGUGAAAUAAUUUAUUAAUAAUCUGUAUCUCCGGCUUAAUUUCAAUAAUCCAACUGGCUGAUAACAGAUAAGAAGCAGCCGAUAUCUUUCUAUAAACAUGCAGUCAUUUCUUUCCCACAGCGUUGACACAUACUUAUCCAUACAGUUACAGGUCAGACUGCUUAAAUGACUUCCCGCCAAUAUCUUCUGUUACAUAUGAACCGAAGAGACUUUACGGCAAGCUGACAGGACAGAUCAUCAAUCGCGAUGAACAAUGCAAAGCGAUUCAUGGUCCGAGCUUCUACGCAUGCCCCCAACGUCUGGUAAGUAAGACACGUGGAAAUAAAGCUAAGAAAACUAGAAGCUGAGUUUCCUUUUAAGAAGCUAGGGGAAUAUGAAUUCCUUGGAAUUUAACAUGAAUUGGAAGAAUAAAUUACAACUACUUUUCAAAUCAAAUUUCCUCAGAGUAAGCAAGAGUCUUGUUGAUGUUUCACCAAAUUCAGCUACAUAACGACAUGAUGAAUUGCUUACAGAAUUAUAAAUUUUUAUUUUUUGAGCCAAACAAUUGGCAAUUUGCGUGGGAAAAGCCAAGGGCCUUGCUACUGAAAAUUGAGUAAACGAUUGGAAUUUCUAUUGAGAAUUAAACGGAUGUAGCAACUUAUCAGCGCGCCCUAUUUGAUUGUGUCAACUUAAGGCAGCAGAAAGUUUGGUUUGCUUUUUGUUUCUGUGCCAUCGAAUAAAUAGAACUAACUUUCUUUUACUUUUGUGCAGAAUGAUUGUGGAGCACUGGGAUGUACAAGGGAUGGUUACACUUGCUCUUUCACUACUGCUUCCCCUGCGGAUGGAACAAGAUGCGGAUAUAGACACGUAUGACUAUAAUUGUAUAUCGCUACUAAAAGGUUAACCUAUAUUUAACAAUUAUUUAAAGAGCCUAAGUAUGAUGUGAAGAUUGAAUGGGCGAAUAUACUGAAACUUUUCUCGACUGAGAUUUUCGGAUAAUUUUAAGACUACGAACCCGACAGUGAUUUUUGGGGAGGGGGAGUGGUGGGGUAAAAUUGUCUGUCUUUCGUGAGUAAGAAUACCACCAAGACUCGGUAUGAUAGUCAACGCAGACACCUAUACAAAGUGAAUUGCACUUUUCUUUUAGUGGUGUAUUAACGGUGAAUGCGUAGAUGAUGGGUCGCCUGUUAUACAUGGACACUGGAGCAGCUGGUCAGCCUUUUCGCAAUGUACUCGGCCUUGCGGUGGAGGUGUUCAAUCCAAGACAAGAACCUGUACGAACCCAACGUAAGUAGUAAAACUAACACUUUUAAAAUAUCUGAACGAUCUCUCUCGAUGAGGUGGAAAAAUUCAAAACUUUUCACCCGGGGGAGGGAGGGGUACUCGUAAGUUUUUAAACAUUUUCAAGUCAAUUCUACUGUCCAUUUCCCCACUUAUAUUUUUCAAUUUUUUUUUUCGCAGUCUCCCUGCGUUUUUUAUAGCUCCCUUCGUCCAAACAAAAAGCUUUUCACAGGAUCGGCUCCUUCCGGUCCACGAUAUUCAACACCGGGUGGAAACACUUUUUUUACAAUACAAUUUAUUUCAGUGUUUACAGCCUCUACAAACAAUUUAUUUCAAAUUUUUCCACCCCCCCCCAAGUCAAAAAAUAAUGGUCUUUUCCUUAUAAUCAUCGGCUGUAACACUAGGAGCGAUUGGACGGAAAGUUAACAGCCUUUGUCCUGUCCCCAAGUUGCUGACGGGUAAUUAGGCCAUUUCCACGAUAACUACAUUGACUACUUAACUAUCAUAAUUCAUUUCGUGUUUGCUUGACUUGUUUAACUUUGUUAACCCCUCUUAGGUUUAAAAGCAAUUGCAAUAGCCUUAAUUUGAACAAGAAAACUGCAAACUAAAGCAUUCUCCAUCACGCAAUUGUCCUAUGAACGCAAGAAAAAAGUUUUCAAAAUCGUAAUUCGCAAUUAUUGAAUGGGGCUGAGUAUAGGUACCAAAGCAGAAAGCCUUACCUCCAUCAAUGCUAAGUUCAUCUUCAAUUGCCUGUUUAUCGGCAAGUUUAGGAGAUAAAGAGUUGUUAAGUACACUGCAAAUAUAUAUUCUCCAAUUAGCAGAUGUUGUCCGUCGAAUUGUUGUUGUUCUUGCACUGUAUUUAGCCAAUAGUUCGCCUAUUUCUUCCUCGUGAAACGAGUUAAAUGUUCCAUCAUUUUGAACUCCGACAAAAACAAUUCAACCUCCUCCCCAGGUCGUCUCAGUUAACUGUUAAAUAAUCUCCCAAUGUUGCUGCACAAUUGAAGUCUUUUUUUCACAAAUCUCAAAAUUUUCCAACUUUGGUCGACAGUAGCUGAUUAUGAUGAAUUAUGCGUGGCAUUUUAGCCAAUCAGAAUGAACGGAGAAAUAUUUUGAAUGAAUAAUAUGAAGAUUUAUUCAUGGGUUGACGCAGGAAGCUUGGUUUGAGUCUCGCAGUCUUAACAGUCCACCAAAUAUGGGCUUCAAAUCUCGGUUUUCAUAUUAGGCAAUAAUAGAGGAUUUGGCGUUUACAUUUAGAGUAAGCAUUUACCUGAAAGUCAAUUUUUUAAACACAGACCUAAGAAUGGGGGAAGGAAUUGCGUUGGCCCAAACAAAGGACAUUGGAGAAUCUGCAAUCCACAGGUAGGAAGGGCAGUUACUCGUUUUAACUCUUUUUAAAAAGAAUGUCUGGUCCUGUAUACUAGGUCUGAUGAACUUUUUAAGACCAUAAACCUACAUGAUAAGUUUUCUUGUAAUGUUUUCGUUUUGUUUGUUUAUUGAUGGUAACAGCCGUGUCCGGCAGGAUCAAAGACAUACCGUCAGAUUCAGUGUGAAGCAAUAGACCCAAAUUAUCAUGCUUACUACGUGACUUCAGGUAGGAGAGGUAUCAUUUAUAACUAUUGUUAAGAGAUAAAUAGUUUAUAUAGUCAUUUCCAAGAGGUCAGAAUUUACUUUUCUUAUACAUUUUCAGCAUGGUGUUUACUGGCGUGCAAGAAAGGCGAUACAGUCGCUCCUCAAGGGAAGAAUGUAAAGGAUGGUACCAGGUGCUAUAGUAAUCCCUCAAAGAAGGAUGUCUGCAUACAAGGCAAAUGCAUGGUAAGGCGCUGUUCAUGUUUAAAAUAUGAAUAUAGGAGACUUUUAUCAUCAAAAUCUUGGUAUAUCUUCCAUUUUGAAGUCAUGAUUACUAUAAUAUAGAGUACCUGGCUUUAAAGGCCGGCCUACGAAUUAGGAAUACGCUGCACGACGUUAACGUAAAGGCGUUCAUGAGGGAAAGGACGAAGAGAGCACUGGAAAGGAGAGAGAACGUUCUCUUUCUCUCCCUCCCCUUCAACCUCCAAUCCCUUCCCUCUCAACCCCUAAGGAAGGCCUGAUGAUCAGGCUAACACGACGUAGGAUCUCUACAGGAAGCUACAGGAGAUCUGAUCAGCCAAAAAUAUCGGUUGAAAACAUAUCUUCAAGGCUGAUCGUACUACGCAAACGUCAACUUUACAAUAAUAAACAUAGAAUUUCAACAGAGCAGGGCUGCAGCCUUUGAUGGCAAUAGCUGCAGUGAUGAUCUGGAAUGUAUGACUUGCAAAAGAACAUUGCUUUUUUGCUCAAAAGUGACGAGUUGGUUCUAAAAGAAAUGCACGGCGAAGAUUUGCCCAAACAAAGGCAACCCAGCCUCUGCUUACUUUCCCGAACUUUGUAUUUGACGCGUAGACUCACCCAUUUUCUCAAAACACAUGUAGGUGGUAGGCUGUGACAAUGGCAUAGAGUCGGGAGUAAAGCGUGACCGGUGUGGUUUCUGCGGUGGAGACAGUUCAAAAUGCAAGUUUGUCGAAAAAUUUUGGAAUGAUAGGUGCCCUGGAUUUGGUAAGCUGGCUUAUUUUUGUGCGCGUACAAAAUGACCAGUCUAAAUUUUUUUAAACUUAUAAUCUAAUGAGGUAAUCUGCUUGCAACAUCUUAUUGAUCCGCAGGUUUAGACAGCGCAUGUAAUAUUUUUGAAGUACCCGUUGGAGCAAGCUCCGUAUAUGUGGAACAAGACACACCCGACCACAACCUUCUUGGUAAGUAUAACGCCUGCUUUAGACACAAGUUAGUAAGAUUACCAAAAAAUGACAGGACAUUCACUGUUUUGUUUAAUUGCUUGAGGAGUCAACAAUUCUUAGAUUUGUAGGUACCCGUGGUACUGAGGUUUGCAUCAAAGUAGUACUUAAUCCAAAUUGCUCUGUUUUUCAAAGUUUAUAGUUUCAAGUAACUGAUAGUGUUUUUCAGAGUGCUUUUCUCUAAAAAGCGAAAAACAACUGGUGUUUAUAUUUUAUACGCACAUGGAUCUUUUAGAGGUCAAGAACAAAGAAGGAAGGCGUCUGAUUCAUGUGCCUUCAUGGGAAUGGAGCCGUACGGUUUUUGCAGCAGGAACAACAAUUCACUAUUACCACGAAGUAGACGUGGAUAUAAAUACGAUUCGCAUCCCAGGGCCAACCACUGAAAAGCUCACUGUAGUGGUAAGUGAUGCGGCCUGAUAAAACAGCUCAGAUUUUGUGACGUCACCACUGGUUUCCCCGGGAAAUAACGUCCUCUGAUGAAUGGACGCAGAAAUCCGACAUUGAAUUGAUGACGUGCCACUGUCUCAUCUUGGUAGUUGAUUCUGACCAAUCGGAAGCACUACCCAGAGUGGCGUCAUCAAUAUGGAAUUUCUGCACUCAUUACUUAGACGUCGUUUCGCGGAAAACCAGUGGUGGCGUCGCAACAUGUUGGCAGUUUUUGCAGGCUAUAGGUAAAAGUAAUAAGGCCUUGGAAGAUUGCAGCCAAAUCUGGUCAAGCGCACACUCGUUUAUAGAUCAGUUCUAUUAACCAGUAAUAAUCAAAGAUAACCAAGUGCGUUUGGUCACAAUGCUCGCUCUCCUAUGGCAAAUUGGCGAUGAAUUGUUUUGGUUCUCCUCUGCCAAGUUGGUAGGGAUGCAAGAUAAUUGACUCAAGAUUCAAUCAAUUAACAAACGGUACUUUCACUCCAAUUUGUGCGGGGAGAAUCCCAUUUCUCUAACUUGAACGCAAUGAAUUUUGAAACUGAAUUCUUUAGUCUUUACAUAGUUAUUCAUUCUUGCUGUUGUAAUGAGCAGGUAAUUCACACGCAAGGUGGACCGGAGUAGAAAUUUUUUUCCACGCCCGUUUUCUUUUACCUUAAAAUCUAUAUAUUUUAAACAAUUCAAGCCCGACAAAAUAUUUCGAUGGCCUCCAUAAUUCUUCUCUUGAACAUGUCCUCCUCCCUCGCGAGGAUCGAAGAGGAGGACAUAUCAAAGGUGUGACCAGACAACUUUUAGAUGAUCCCCAACCGCCGUUGUUGACGCUCUUGUUAUUACAACGUGUUCCUUAAAUCUCACUCCAAAAGGUCUAGCUGUCCCCCCAAUUUAGAAAUCAUCACAGCGUUCGCACUGAAAUUCCUACACCACUCCACAUUUCUUUUCCCUGGGUGUCAGAUCUUUGAGGUGGCUCAAAUGGAUGUCUGAUGGUGUUAAAAGACUUGUGGAAGGUGCCAACUCCUUGUUUUUUUUUUAAACUUUUGAAUUAAGCUUUUCUGAAACUUCUUUUCUUUCUUCUUCUUUUUAGUUUGUUCCUUCUGGCUAUCCAAAGACUGGUGUAAAGUACAAAAUGUACGAUCCGAAUCUCCCUUCAGAAAUUGGCGUGAGACAAGUUCAGUGGAAAGUUACAAAUUGGGGACAAUGCUCGAGAAAAUGUGCACAAGGUAUUUAUUGUUUUGUAAACCAGUAGAUAGUACAUGGUGGAGAGGUUAAAUGAACAUAUUAUUUACGUACCUUAUUAUAGGAAACUAACGCUUCAUGAAAUUACAUGUAACACGAAUUUCAAAACCUCGCGUUCAUUCAAGUCGCGGUAAUUUUUGCAAACGUUAAUUUCCGCGCCAUUAGUUACAUGUAAGGGAAACGUUAAUUUCCGCCACCUUAAUUUCCAUUAUGUUGUCUCCUAAUACUCCUCUAAGAAAGAGGAGACCGAGUAUGGUAUCAGGAGGGCUUAGGUGCAGAUCCGCGACAGUAUUAGUGAACUGUGAAGAACCCUUGAAGUGGCCAUGUUUUUUUGCUAGACCCCUUUCGUGCAUUUGAACAACGGUUUCCUUGUCGCAACAAGGUUCGUUCUUUGGGAACGUCGCGUUAAUUUCGUACGUUCAUUUUUAAAUGUUGCGUUGUUUUUCUUUAUGUGAAAGUUGUUUUCCCUUAAAUCCGCGUUGAGUUAAGUCGCGUUGAUUUCCAAUACCUUAAUGUCAUGAAAUUUUAUUUAUUUAUUUUAUUUUCUCUAAUAAGGUAGUCAAGAAAAUCGACUAUCAUGCCAGUUACGCCAGUCAUAGUUUAUGUUAUUAUUAUAAUCACUUUUUCGUCAUUAAUUUUUAACAAAUUUGCUAGUCUUUGCCUUCAAGGAGAAAAAAGGAAAACGUAGACUAACCGCUUUCCUUACUUUAGGAAAACAGGAGCGAACAGUGGAGUGUAGCAGAACUGAUGAUGGCUCAUACCUUGGAGACGACUCAUGUCUAAAGAAAUCAAACAAGCCAGCUGCUGAAAGAUCUUGUAACAAUCGUCCUUGCCAUCCUGAGUAAGAACAAAAUUUAAGUUGUUUAUGGAGACAACUCUGACACAGGGAAGCAAUAUCUCGGGGAAAUAAGUUUCUUCAUUGGUGGAAAAAGUUGUUAUUUCAGUUUCUUGCAGCAAAACCCUCCCUUUAGAAAUAUAUUGUUAGCAGCCGUUUAAGUAAGCGGAUAGAAAUACAUGUCCGCUGUUUUUCUUUACACAUAGACCUAUCCCUAAAGUACUGCAGUAUUACGUAGUGAUUGACUGUCGAGUGAGCGAAGGGGCCGGGCAGGAAAACAUUUUCCAUGCUGCUUACGGAAACAGAGCAGCGAGACCCCUGCACCAUAGCCGAGGGCCAAAUAAUUUCCCGUCAGACUCAACCUGACUCAGUUAAUAAGCCCUUUAGUAUAUGACCACUUCGCUUUUUUGUAUCACCCCUUGACCCUGAUGGAUCUGAGCAUUUUGGUCUCUUUUUAGUCUCUAUGUUUAGUCAUAUUUCUCUAUAUUUAUCACUGCCAUAUUUAUCACUUCAUUUUCGAAGGAUGCCACGUACCAAAUUUAUUUUCAAUAUCGCAUAUCGCAGGGCCAUACGUUUCGUCACAGGGCCUUAUGGCCAUUUCGGCUCACCUUUACGGCCCUCAUACUGCGUUUCUAUCUACAGUUUUGCAAUUGAACUGCGCACGAUGUUGUUGAUUACGGUUUCCCUCGGUAUUUCUUAUACACCACGUAAAAAAGCUAGAAAUACUCAAUUCUGUUUGCUUUAGAUGGUACAAGUCCGAGUGGAGUGCCUGCUCGAAAAGUUGUGGAAAAGGGAUACAAAAGCGCCGGAUUCACUGUCGCCGUUUGAUUUCGCCAAUAAAGCAUGAAAUACUCUCAGACUCAUCAUGCGGUGGUGUCAAGCCUACGGGCGAAACACAGAGAAGCUGUAAUGAAAUCAAUUGUCCAGCAAAGUGGAGGGCAAGUACUUGGUCUAAGGUACAAUCCGUUAACAAUAGCAGACAUGAUAUUCGUCAAUACGCUGUAGUUAAAGGUUGCUCUUUUUUACAGUAAAACAGUUCAAAUAUCAAUACAAUAGCAAAUGGCGAUGAUGAUAAUGAUGAUGAUGAUAUUUAAAUUAUGAUUAUGAUUAUGAUGAUACGUGGUAGUGACAAAUACAACAUUAAUACAUUAAGCACAAUGGUAACUCUGGUUUUAAAACACUAAAAAAUCGAAAUUUCUAAGCGCUUGGCCUUAUCUCACCAUUAUAUUUCAGUGUUCUUCUACAUGCCGUGGAGGUGUGAAGAAACGCAGCCUGACUUGUAAGCGACUUAACGACGAGGGAAAAUUGGUGUCAGCUCCAGAAAUACUUUGUUACCACGCUCCUAAACUACAGUCAACACAACAGUGUAACGCAGAGGUUCCUUGUCCUAGUAAGUCGUUACCUUUUAAUUAAAGAUCACUGCAAAUUUUAUUGCUCAUAAAGAAAUCGUGGGCUGGUGAGGUAAGACCUCAAACAUUUUACAAUACAUACUCAACUGAUUUUUGAAUCUUUACGUUUCGUUCACAGGACCUACGAUCAAACCGUAAUGUAAAGCUUAUCAGUUAAAAGCUGAUUGGGUUGCUCAGCUUGUACUUUUAUUCAAGAUAACUGAUAGGGAAUCCUCGGCUCCCCAAUACGACCACCCUAUCUUUAUUGAAAUUCGCCAGGGUGACUCAACAAGGUGACAGGGGAUGAAACAGGAUGAAUGAUAUCAACCCUUUCAUUACCCACCCAGCCCAUAAGAGGUUGUACCACACCACCGGUGUCUACGCCCCCUACUCUUUACGAACAGCAGUGUUGGUUCUUUUACGUCCCACAAGAAUCAGAACAGUGAAACAGCUGUGAGACGGGGACUACGGUUUUUCUUCCUUAUCUGGGAAGACUAGAAUGUUUAACCAUUUGUAGAUGGCACAACAAAGGCAGCACAUUCUCCAUUUUAAGAUCUUGAGUAGCCUGCUUAGCAGGUGCUUGGAAGCAUUUUGGCGCGAAAAAAAAACUGGCGCGCGAGAGAGGGACACGGGAGGCUCCCUCUCCCCCCGCGUGUCUCCCUCACGCGCCCCGUUCUUUUUUGCGCCCACUACUUCCAAGCGUCCGCCAAGCAGGCUAGACCUUGAGUGUUGGUCCGGCCGGGGAUUUAACCUGCGACCUCUCGCUCGGUAGACCUCCCCUUUACCAAUUGAGCUAGCCGGGCGUCGGUUUAAAAAAUACUAAACGAUGACAUGAAGUUCCACAUUGUAUUUGUAAUGACAUCUCAUGGCAAUUAACUUGCAGCGUCAAGUCCAUUGGUGAGGUACCGAGGUCUCGGCUGUUUCAACGACGGUCAGCCACAUGCAAUUCCUCAUUUAGUAAAGAGCUUUCGCGAUCAUAUUGAUUGGAAAAAUAUGCAGAAAACCGUCAAAGAGUGUGCAGACUACGUCUACAAGCAUUAUCCAAAGAGUAGCGUAUUCGGGCUCCAAUUCUACGGUGAAUGCUGGAGUGGAAGUGACGCAGUUCACACAUACAAUAGAUAUGGUCGGUCCAGUAACUGCUGGCAAAACGUGGGAAAAGAACACACUGUUUACGUGUACACUUUUGAUUGAGGUAAAUCCUCUCUAGUGAGCUAGGAAAACGCUUCUCAAACACACACAUGUAAGCCACACGCACGUAAAUUUUAAUCACGUAAAUAAAAAAGACGCAAGAUAAAAAGUGCUGAGCUUAAACGAGAAGUUGACAGCGAGGUUCAACUUUUACGGUUACGAGCGACCUUUCAUGCAUUGCCUCUAUUUUAUUUGCGAACGUAAAUUUUAUGCACAUACGGACCUCACGUAAAAGUUAAGGGACACUGGAAAUCAACCCUGAGUCUAUCUGCUUUUAUGACUAUUUCUCUUGAUUUUGUUAUGAAUACUUUCUUCAUUUUAUUGUGUUCUUUUUAUUGCAGAUCCCAUAACCUUGGACCUUGUCGCAGAAUAGCAAUGUAUACUACUUGUAUUAUCGAUCUUAGAAUAAACACCUGUGUAAAAACACAAGCCUGAAAAGCUUCAUUUUUUUUAGUGAAAUUUUGGGUUAUUGUAUAUGUUAUGGAUAUUGUUUAGUUUCUUUUCAUAUCUUUUGUAUUACGUCAUUUGCUGAGCACGGCGACCGUCCGCAACACAAGGAGGCUGGAUAGAAUGACUGAUUCUGUCAACAAAAAACGCGAAGAAAUGCUAAAAAUAUCUCAAAAUAGUUGCAACCUUGACGUUUAAAUAGUGAUCAACGUACGUUGUAAACCUUCUCGACACCUGCUGUGAUCAAUUUACUACGCUAUGUUCCUCAAAUGAAACCCCCGUCCCCUUCCCCUUCCCAUUCACCCCGUAUAUAUAACAACCUCUUUGUUAAGACCAUAUUUUUUCGACCUCAACGUUAUCAUUGACUUUGAAGAGUACUAAAUAAAUACAUCAAGUCAAGUCAAGUCAGUCAAUUUUUAUUUAGAUUUACACAGAAGAUUAAUAUAAUUCAGUGGUUUUAAAUAUAGAAAUAAAUAUUGUGAAAGAGGAAAAGAAAUUAUUUCAAUUUUAGGUUCAUUGUGAAGAGUUUGGGACACCUAAAUAGUUUGUAGAACUAACCGAGUAGGUGACCCAAAAGAAAAAUACGAGUAGAAGGAAUAUAUAUAAGUAACAAAAUAGUUGUUCUAGAUAAAAAGCAUUACUUCAUUGAUCAAAUAGUAGGUAAAAGAUAAUAUAAUCAUAAAACCUCAGAAAUUAAUAACACUAUUAUAACCAUCAACCACAGAAUUCUUGAUAUCUGUACAUAAUAAUAAUAAUAAUAAUAAUAUAUAAUAGUUUUGACGAAAACGAGAAAACCUCAUUAUUUCGACCAGGAUUUUCAUGUUCCCGCAACGGUAGUCGCAUGCAUUCUGUAUUUCAAAAUACGCCUCCAAGGCAACCUUUCCUAGCGUAAAAAGAUUUUUAAUUUAUGUCUUCAACUUGAAAUGACAAGCAGAUACUAAAAUUGCGAAUAUUGAAUAGUUGGAAAUUAUUAGCCUCCAUCCAUAUUUUUCAGGAAAUGACUACUAAACAAACUAUUAAGUGAGGCUGUCUUUUAGAUUCCGAUUUAGAAUCAGUCGAUAAAAUAUCUCAUACUUAACUUGUCGAUUCACUCCGUGGUCAAGUACAAAUUAACAUGCUUCCAAUUAAAACUAAACCUGGGCUAAGACGUCCGUUCCUUGCGUUCUUCCUUUUAUUUAUUUUUUUAUUUUUUUAUUUAUUUUUAUCAGAGAUAUCAGAAGUAAAACAACUUUUUCCUGAUUAACACAACUAAGUAUUACUGACAGAAAGCAUGCCGGUUGCGCACAAUUUAAUAUAAGCCAAUGAACAACUUCUAUUGAUUUUUCAAGGUGGAUGGCUCACACUUACCCGCGAAUAGAAAGCGCAUUUCUUGAAACAGCGCGUUUUUGCAUUGAUUAUGAUCAUAUCGGUAAACUUAACUUUUGAAUUAUAGUAAGAAAAUUAAUAACUUAUUUGUCGGUCUAGGUCUGCCUCAGUCUUGAGUGACGGCAGUGACUCAGCUAGCCGCCGACACCAUAGACCGCUCGGCGGCAAAUGGCAUAUAUACAUUAAUAUACAUGUCGUCAUUCCUUUCUCUUCUUUAUAGUUCACUAAAAAUUCAAUAUGAAAUAUUUUUUUCGUUCGCUUUCCAUUUUUAUGGCUAAUAAGUUGUGACUAUGAUAAUUAGACGAGCGGACUGUUUAAUUAUAAUAUCUCGCGCGGAGAGAUAAAUAUAAUGAUCGGCUCAGUUUGGUUUAUCUAGUGAGGAACUUCAACGUUUCAGUUUGAGCUUAGCUUGGUCUGUCACAAGCGACACAAAAAAUCUUAAGAUGUUAAUUUAUGAUAAGAAUUAAUAUAUAAUCAUGGUAAAAUGUUAACGCCGAAAGCAAACCAACGCGUGUGAGCAAUUUAUAAUAACUCGGGCUUCAAUUUCAGCUCUGAUUGGAUGAUAAACUUAGGUGCGGCAGUCACAAAGAUUACCAAAACUGGAGCUGAAAGCGAUCAAGUAAUUAAGAACCAACAAACCAUAGUACAGUUUGUGUUGGACUUUUUUUUACUGGACGUUUCUUUAUGAGCCUGAACUUGGUCUCUGGUAAUUUUCAGUAUUGCUACUGAAAUACACGGCUUCUAGGAGAUCUCCAUUCCAGCCUUAUUUCAUCAAAAUUAGAAAUAUUCCUGUUGUGACUAAUGUCAAAAGCGUGGGCUGAAUGGUUUAUCGACUUUGGUAAGUGUUAUACUUAAGUUUGUAAGGUUUAAAAUACAAAUCUUUUCAAAACUUUCUGGGAUAUAAAUCUGAUCCAAGAAGGUACUCAGGAUUUAAUCAUGCCUUGACCAUGUAUCUGCGCAUUUUGCGAGCAAUUCUUUUUUUCAAAAUUGAAAAAAAAAAUCUAAUUUUGCUUUGGAAAACAGGCACUUGUCUGAUCGACAUAGUAUUCUCAGGAUAAUUUGUGCUAAAACAGCUUUAAUGUAGUGAUGAGAAAGGCAAAUAAUGGAGAGGCAUUUGCGGUUCCUCUCUCAUACUGAAAAGUCAAACGAUUUAUUUAACAAAACGAUAGAAAAACAUGAUACAAUACCCAAAGCUUUUUCUACUUUCCAAUCAAUAGUGGUAUUGUUAUUAACGUUGUUAGAUUUGUCAUAUCACACAGUACACAUUAACUUAAAGCCAGUAAUGUAGUUUAAGGUAGUAGAUGGAGGCGUUUGCGGCCGAUCCGGGUAACACCCCGAAAUGUAGGAUCUGUACUUCCGAGUCGCGAUAUUCCUCAAACAAGAAUGGCAUUUUUCAGCAUUUUCUCAACAAUUUUUUUGCAGUUGUUAACGAUAAUGCUGAGACAUUAAACGGGAGUUUUGAAAAAGUCUUAACCCAAGAAACUUCGAUCGGGGUCCAUUUACAGCCUAAACUGCCCGAGGGUCAUGGUGUUGGGCUCUGAAAACGCUUCGUUAGUAAUUUAUGUCUUAUAAACUUGCCGCGAUUCGCACUAAUGUAAGAGCUCUCACCUUGCGGACUUUUGGCAGGUUGAGAUAAAACCUGGAAAAGAAUUUAGGACGAAAACGGCAGGCUUAAAAAAUCUUCACUAGUUCAGAGAAACUAACAAAAAAGUAACUAUUCUUUAAUAACUAAAUCUUUGUUCUUCAGUUCCACUCCACGUCUUUUCGGCAAUAGAUGACUUUCAUGAUUGUAAAAUUUUGACCUUAUCCUUGAGAACGUUUAACACGAUGCUGCGGAAAUGAGUAUAGUAAAAAAGAAGACAAAGUUCGACUAGCCGGCUUUCUUUAUAAUGUAAGCGCUCAUAUUUUUAAUUAAAUAACAACUAGUUUCCUCAGGUGCUGACGUCAUUAAAAGCACAAAUGAACAUAUAAAGGUAGAACAAAACCUGUAGACUGCUUGCAGUCCACCUCAUUCUCUUAAAAUAUGUCCAGUUCUUUACUAGCGCGUGCAUGGGUUACGCGUGCUAAGUAACUUUGCAUAAAGUAACUUUGCUACGCGUGCAAAGUAACUUUGCGACGCGUGCUAAGUAACGUUGCUAAGUAACUUUAUAUUUUCUUCGUGUUUGGAAUCUUGCUGUUAUAAGCCACAUUGAUGUUAAAAUAAUGACGGUUUUUGCAAUAUCUGGGUGAUUUCUCGCUCGCUGAUUGGUCUAUGAGGGUAUUCAUGACGGGAUUUUCGAGAAACUUCAACGAAAAUGGACAUUAAAAUUUUCAAUGCUAUUGUAAAAAAUAUAGGGAGCAAUUCUCCAUGACCUAAACACUUAUAAACUGUAGAAAUAACGACAAAUGUUUACAAUUUUACCUUGAAACCACUCGCUUAGGGCUUGUGGUUUCCCUUGACUUUGACGUCAUUUUUGACGUCAAUUCUAUGGUCAAUAUAAAGAGUAAAGACCUCGGAAAAUUGUUGGUUAUUUGUUAAGUCUCAUUUCAGGAUGGAUGCAGAACGGUCGCUGAACUUCCUCCUACUUAUUUUACACAUGUUUUCUUGCAGAGGUAAGAAUGGGGUCCUUGUAAUAGGCUACCGUGUAUGUGGCAAGACAUUUUUGCGCGAUCUAAUUUUUCGAUUUUAUUGCGAUUUUUCCAGUCAUCCACGAAAAGAAGUUCCCGCAAAUAAAAACUACCGCAAACAUUUUUCCCGUAAAAAUUUUCUUCAGAGGUGAAAUAUUCUUUAACUUGAAUUCACUACACAAAAAUGCAUUACUAACAAAUCGUACCUCUCUUACUACAACUUGCCUCUUUCGUAGAAACAGCAUACAAUGAAAUACUGCUUUGACAUUAUCCAGGGGCACCCAACGGGAAUAUAGUUCAAAACCACUUAAACAUAGCAUUUUUAAACGUAUUUUAGUAUUUAAACGGUAGAUAAAGGCAUAUUUUUAUCCCCUACAAAUUUUUCAUCUGUUCGGAUUUCCUAGCUGAAAGUCUAGUGAUCCGAAAAUUAUAGGGAUCAAAACUUACCUUUUCGAAAAUUUCAGCCAGAAAAAAGGCUCCCGAAAAUUCUAGGUGACCUUUUUAGGGUAGAAAUCCAUUAAAUAUAGGCAAUUAUACCAUUUUUUAGAUGUUCGAAAAUCCUAGGAGAGGCAGGCAAGCAAGAAGUUUUACAACAAAUGUUUCGAAAAUUCUAGAUCUCAAAUCGUCUUCCGAACAGAUAUUUUUCCGAAAAUUGUCGUUGGGUGCCCCUGAUUAUCAAUGCCGGGUUCUGGACUCUCUUAUAACAGGAAAGUUAAUUCCCAGCAAGAAAAACAAAUCUGUCCUAAUGGCAAAAAUUAGUUUCCGCAAAACACACAAAAAAACCCCUCUUCCCAGGGCUUUUUCCCUUAAAAAAUAAGGAAUGAAUAACAAAGAUAGCAAUCAGUUCAUUACUUUCUUCACAGACUUUAUUUGCUUGGUUUCUUGGUUUCUUCUUAAGAGCCCUGAGUAACACUGAUCCGUGAAAUGAAGAAACUAACACUUGUUUACACUGAAAACAAUUUCUCUUUGCAUUACACAAAAACUACUGAUCAGAAACCUGCAGUGUUAAAAUUUAAAUAGCGGGACGACAAAUAAGAAUACUGACAACAACCGAAUACUUUAUAACAAACGAAGAAAAUCUGUUUCUCUCUCUUUGAGACAAGGGUGGCAAAAUAAUGUUAAUAUAAACAUUCUUUUCUUCCUGUUUCAGCAUUUGCCCGCACGAUUCACGCCAAUGUAAGUGAAUACUUCUGCUGCUGCUUGGAAUCGAAAAUAACGAGAAUCAUGAUGUCAUAAUUUAGGAAAAUGGAUUGUUUACUUGUUAAAAGCACAUUGCAAAGAGAAAAUAGCUUAUGGGGGAUUUUUCAACCUUAAUAUACAUUUGUUGUAGUCACGUAGAAGCUUACAUUGUCGAUUAGAUCAAUGUAUAACUCUAUAUCAGAAAUAUACGGUAACUAAAGUACAUAAUGUGAGAUUAGUUUUGGGAGUUAAGUUUUUAAUGAGGAUGUACACGCUCUCAUCAGGCAACCUUUUUGCUUUAUUAGUUUAACACCAGUGAACAAAUUUAUUGUAAAUUUCGUCACUGUUUCAUUCGAUUGAGAGGUCUUCUGUCUUUAAGGAAGAAAACAAAAGAAGACCCAACUUAAUUCAAAUUGCCUUGUCCAGGUAGUCUACUUUCAAAGAGACAGGUUCACGGUUAAGCGCAUGCUCAUUAAUUAAAUUACUCUUUUCCAAUUUAUUAUUAAUUCUAUCGGUUAAUAAUCCCAAUCACAUGUAUCUCUGCGAUCUCAGAGUGUAUUUCACAGUAGAAGUGUAUUUCAGAGUAACCUGAAGUAGGUAAGAUCGCAGAAAAAAUUAGUGAAUUAUGCCAACACUACCAACGUUGAUUUUAUUGUUGACCCAAAGGUUUUAUUCCAUGGUUGAUUAAUUUACAGCUAUUUGCAAAUGUAUAAGUUGAUCAAGUGCAAUUAGUGACUGCCAAGGGAGUGUGCAGAUUGGUUCUUUGACAACAUUAUGACAUGAUCAUAUUGCUUGCAUAGACGAUACAGCACGAGCUAGCAUGUUCCGGCCGAAAAACAGCAUUUUGAUAAAUGAGCAUGCGCUAAACCGUGAACCUGUCCCUUUAAGUUAAAUUUUACCUUUUAUAAAAACCAAUCUCUCAUUUUGAAUAUUCAGCCAAUUAAACUGAAGCAAAGUUAAAAUGAGCAAUUAGUAAAUUCAUUACUAAAAACAUAAACUGUGAAUGUACUAUUGUUUUGACUUACUCAGACACUCCACCAUCACAUGACCAGAGACGAACUGAAGUACUUUUUUGGUGUUGACAGUCACUACGAAGGUAGGAACAUUAACUCUGUGGGCAAGCAAAGAAAAAGAAAAAACACUUAACCUUUCUUUGUUUGUUUGUUGUUUGUUUUUUUUGUUAUUAUUAACAAUGUAUCGUGUAGGUGAGGGGGAGGUUGGCAGAGCCCGGAUCCCGGAGUCACUCUGUAAGUGUGUACAAUAAGGGCAUGAGGCUUUGCUGUUAUCAUUUUGGGUGCUAUCACUAGAUUUUCUUUGUUUCAUUAUAGUCCCAGAGUAUGAUGUGGUCACUCCUUAUCAGUUAGAUGAAACCGGCAGCCCGCUACCUGUUGGGAAGAGACUCCAAUCGCUAUCACAAGAACCACGUGAGAAACUUUUAUACAAAGUCUCCACGUUUGGUAAGGAACUUCAUUUGGACCUUAAACUGAACCGAAAACUGAUGUCACCCAACCUCGUUAUGGAGAAGAGACAUGCGAAUGGCAAGGUGUCGUAUAUUUCCGUACCAAAGAACACAUACUACAUUGGUCACGUGAAAUCAGAUCCAAAUUCAAUGGUGGCUGUUAGUCACAACAGUGGAUUGGCAGGCCUGGUAAUUAGCGUUUAAUAAAAAUUGAGAAAACAAUUAAAAUCCUUUUAUUAGCCUGCAAGCAAGCUCUCCGGGGCGCUCUGGCGGCGGGGAGGAAAACGAAGGAGAGCUUGCAACUAAGUCCCUGGAAUUUGAAUUCCACCUCCGAUUUCCCUUCUCCCCGUCGACUGAGCUGCGCAGCACGAAGCGGAAGGAGCGCGAAUGUAAACAAACAUUGAAAAACAAGGGUAGUGACGUCAUUACUAAUGUCAUCUCCGCCAAUCGGCAUUUCGCAUCGACUUUUUCAAUCCAGAUAUUCAAAUUCCAGAGACGCAGUUGCAAGUUCUCCUUCCUUUUCCCGUCCGGCCGUCAGAGCGACAACAAAAGAUUAACAGAUCUUUUUAUAAUUUCAGUGCUUUUGUAUUGUAAUAAAAUAUGUUUUACCCAAACAAUGCUAAGGUACAUUAUAAAUUUCACACAGGAGAUUGUGUCUUAGCAUAGUCUGCGACACCUAAGCUUGUUUUCUGGGAAAGGAUAAGAAUGAAACAUUCUUCCACGCAGUCCUUUUAGUCUCGUUACACAGUUUUCCUCCUCCCUCUCCCAAAAGGAAACGGUUGCUCACAUUCGAACCACAUUCGUUUUCUAUUGUUUUAUCACCCCAUUGAAGUGACCAAUCAUUUAUGACAAAAUUAAGCAUGACGGUAGCUUUGCGCCAGAGCUUUGCCUAGCUAAUAAAAGACCCCUGUGAAUCGCUUCGAAGACUAAAAAACUAAGCAAUCCUUUGUUACAGGCUGGAAUGCUGAAGCUAUCAAGUGAUACAAUGUUUAUGCAUGCUUUACCCACUCACCUGGCCAAACGCACGCCAGUACCCAGAGAUGGACGGGAAAUACCUCAUCUUAUUUAUAAGACGCCCGUACUAUAUAAAUUCAAUGAUAUAGCAGGAACAAAAGCAGGUACAAAAUGCACUAAUAUAAAGGUUAAGCACUUAAUUGACUGAUUAAAUAAUUACCCUUUUUGACCAAUCAAAUAAAUGAAUUUUCACCUUAAAAACCAUUGACAAAAUUAAGGUCACACCUAUAAGGCCGUUUCCUCGAUUAUGUUCAUGUACUGAAACGGGUUUCCGUUUUGUUACUUUUUUAGAAAUCAAAAAGAAUAGAACAAAGAGGUCGGGCCAAUCAGAGUAUGGAAAUCGAACAAUCAAAACAAUAGAGGCAGCACUGAUGCUUGAGGUAGAUUUAUCAGACGAACUUGAACGACUGGGCUGGUCACCUCAGAAUUUGAUUCUUUUGCUGGCAAAUACAGUAAGACACAUGAAAGUUCCUGUUUUUCUUCUGACGAGUUUAAAGAGGUUCAGUGUCACUGUACCCUGGUAACCCUUAUUAUUAUUUUUAUCUGUUAUCAGUUUUUUUAUUUAUUUUAGUUUUUUACAUUGAAGAGUUAUUUAAAGCACGUAAACUCAAUACAUGCAAUGAUGCCAUAAAUUUGGAAUGAUCUAGCACACAGAACAUUCCAGUUUGUGUUGUCGUCAACUCCAUUUAUGCUGCACAACAUAGGGCAACUAACACAUACUCUGAAACCACACCCGAACUUAGAAAAUAUACUAGGGUAUCUAAAAGAUAGUAAUGCUGCGGAGAGGUACUUUCGCGACCAAGAACCAGAAAAUUACCAACCCCGAAAUGACUCUGUCGCGCAAACCCAAAUAAACGCGUCGCACCUUUCCGCCUAUGGUAUGACUGAGCACCCCUCACCCCAUAAUAAGCUGCUUUUAGUCACCUAGGAGACAUUGUAAGCGUUCCUCCUUUGUCCAUUUCACAAAAUCACCAAAAAUGUAAAACCAUUAUACCAUAUCACCUCUACCACAGAUACCUGUGUCCUCUGUUGACAGUUAUGCAUGCAUGUACUUUUAGUACGUUUAUAAAAUAUUGAGCCUCUGUGUGGGUAUUUGCGGAGGUCGAUUUCGUCGCGCAUUUUCCAUCAAAUCGUCGGUUCUUUCUGGGAAAAUCGUCGCAUGUCAAGAAUCGUUUUUCGUGGUAAGGCUACUAGUGAGCUCAGCGCAACCACAACGACCGCGGAGACGAGAAAAUAUAAGCAAAACAAAAACUCUGAACGUGCAGCACACUUUUUGGCAGGUUUCUUUGCCGUCAUUGCUCGACGAACGUUGUCAAACUUGAUUGAAAUGGCAAUGCAAUCGUCGAACGACGUUUAAGGGCGACGCACAUCAACAGGAAUUGACCUUUUUUGUUCAUUUUCGGACGAUGGUUUUGCCCAAAUUUCCAGUCAAAUCGUCUCUAUAAUAGUAAAGAAGCUAAGCAAUACAUAUUUCUUAUCAUCAAGGCAUAUUAAGAGGCAAAAGGCCUCACUUCCGGUUGACGUCCGUCGCUCAAAAAACGCCUUUGCUUAAGCCCCCUAUCUCUAGGAUCGUUGCUUCAUCAUUGGCGAUCGAUUUCGUCAGAAAUACCCAUGCACUGAGAAGCUCAGUAUUUAUCUAUCUGUAAGUUUUUCGUUACUUUUGCUCGUUUGCAGAUAUCCGGACUUUUUUUGGACCGAAGCAUUGGAGAUAUAAAAAUUCAUUACGUCCUUGUGCGUGGUAUAAUCAUCGAAAAAGAGGUUAAAAGCAAUGGUAUAUGAGCGGAUAUGUGGGCGCUUUAAUCUGUUAGGCAUUUUCCCCCCAUUCAAAGUUCAUAUUUGAAGCUGUGCUCUUUGUAUGAAAUCUAUUUUGUUUAUGGGGUUCGUAUCUCACGAGACAGUCAUUUCAUCCGGUUUCGGCCGCGGACUUGCUGGUCCUCAUCGGCGAUGGUUAUCCUGGCAGGGAGGGGGGUGGGGCGUCCACCAUGUCUUAUAGGGGAGGCUCCGCUUCAAGGUCUAAGCCCUGUAUAAACAAAAUGAACCAGACAGCCGUAACAGAGCCCCUUUAAUAGAGAGGUUAAGCAUCACGUUUACUUCUCACGGCAAACACGAAUUUGUACCACGUGACCAACUUUUCCCCUUUAAUUUUCGUUUACUGUUCAUUAUCUCGACACAUAAAUUACUACUUUCAAGCAAUUUUUCAUCCAUGAGGAUUGUUUUGAGCUAUUUUUAUCUGCUCAUUUUCUAUUUUGAGAAAUUCUGAACUUGAAUCUGACGUUUGCCGUUUGCGGUAUACGUGAUGCUUAAACUCUCUAAUAUGUCGAAUUUACCGUCAGUGGCUCUAAUCCUUGGUGCAUUACAAACUUGGCUUUCCCUCAUUGUAAGGUUGAUGGAUUUCCAUUCUACGUUUCGUGUGUGUUAAAAGCUGUACAGUGCAAGUCCAACAGAGCAGGAAUGUAUUAUCAGGUUUAAAAACUCGAGGCGAACUCGAGAGUUUUUAAACCUGAAAAAGCACGAGUUUUUUGGGCUUCAAAAUCUCUGAUAUAUAAUAUAGAUUAAUUCAUUCUUGUACGGCUAACAUUUAGAUCUGGAGUUAUUUUGGUAUCAAGAAAAAUGGACGUUAAGUUUAGCUUUUUCUUUAUCAGAUAUAAAGACACUUAUUAAAGGUUUUUUUUUUUUUUUUCUCUUCAUGAAUUAUUGAGUUUUUGAAGAUGUUGUUUAGGUAAACGAAGUCUCGCCGUGAGGAUGUUGGUCAAUGAACUAACAUUCACAUACCACGAUGAAUAGGAGCCGCAAAAGCAUUGUUUCUAAUAAACGUUCACAAGGUUACUAGAGGAGCUUCGUUUCUGAAACUUUGCGUCAUGUCUUUAUCAGUUAUUCGGGGGAAAUUAUGACGAGUCGAAGAUGAAAUGGUUUACAAAGUUGGAAACUUACGAAGGGACACAAAACAAACACGAAGACAACAGCUCAGAACAUCAUGAUUUGUAUUCUCUGAUUUACAGGUAAAAAAAAACCUUAUGUGCGACAUUUGAGCUUGAAUAAAGGAAUGAUACCACAGUGACGUUGAGCUUUCUAGCGAAAGGCGAAUUGAUUGAUAGUUUUCGAAAAAGAGAUGGGUGGUGUCAGCCUGGACAGGUCAGGAAGUGUUAAGGUACUUUAAAACAGGUGCUAAGGUUUGGUUAACUGAGUUUGAUGUUAUGUGAGCCGCAAAUUGCCGACUGAGAUUAAGUACGAAACUACUUGAAUAAAAGAUGCUUGCUGUAAAGUAACUAAUAGAUUUAAAAACAGUUAACAGACCACCAAAACGUGAGGCAUGAUCACCAUCUGAAAUGAGAGAUGUAUGAGUAUAUUAUCCUGGACGCAUUGCAAUCCACGUGACUUCGUGUCCAACAUCCGUUCAAGAUUGUUCACUUUGAGUAGAAUGAUCAUCCGCUCAACCUUUUUGAUUUAUUUCUGACUCAAAGGGAAACUCAUUUAAACCUUUCUCCUGCACAUGCAAACUACUGUAGCUAUACUGACCAAUUAUUUUUGCUUUGUUUUUAUGCUCUUAGAAUGAAAAAUGAUCUAGGAGGUGAGGAGAAUAUUUUACCACCUAAUUUAGUAAUAAGUGCAUCCUGAAUAAAACGAACAACUCUGCGCAAGGGAUAAAUAUCGUUGCCUCUUUCUAAGGCUACAAUACUCGCCAGAUUUCGUUGAAACACUAGGCUGAAAGUGAGGAGUUUUCGUGUCACGCCUUCUCAACCAACUUUUCUAAGUUUUCACGGUGAGGUUUGUACUUCUUCUUCUCUCCUUCCCUAGACUGCUUGCAGUCCGCCUCUUCUCUUAAAAUCCGUCUGGUUCUUAUCUCAUCCGGCGCGAUUGCAAACCAGUCUACUCCUUCCCCAAUGUUGAGACUGGCGUUUAUUUGCAAAUGGGUGAUACUAUUCAACAUUGGGAAGGGCUUAACGUGACAAACAACACAUGUGAUGGUAUGGUAUUCACUGAAAAUUAAUGCACAGCAGCUCCGCUAUUAUCAAAAUCAAGACGCAAAUUCUGUUAGUUUAAUACGGAAUAUAACAAUACCAGUGGAUGAAACAAUUCGUUUUCGUGUUUAACUUUCUCGAAUAAGCACCGUAUUUGAGGCGUAAAAAAGUUAACAAGCAUCUACGCGCGUAUUCGAGUAAAUACGGUAUAUGUAUGUUCAGCGACUUGGCUGUCACUUACUUAACUCAUCAGGAUAACCAACACAUUUCUCCUAUCUUGGAAAUUGUUUGUAUUAGGGCUCCAAUGUAAUUGCCAUUACUCAUUUUGAACUUUUACUUGUAAACCUUGUGUUUUUUUUAUUUUUAAAAGCUUCAAAACCCUUUGUUGUGUAUCAGGAUUUUCCAGUUUUAAGUCGAUGUGCAAGAUGAAAGGAGCUGGAAAUGUAAAUAAUUGGGUUGGUCUCCAGACUGCGUGGCUGAUAGCUCAUGAAACAGGACACUCGUAAGAUGCUUUGCAUUGCAUAAAUAAGAGGCUGUAUUCUAUGCCGUCUGUUAGUUUCAUUUAGCCGGCGACACAGCGCCGAAAUCCUUGUUCUAACACCCCCCCCCUCCCCCCCGUCGCCCCCUCCCUGUGUACUAGGAUUUAUGUACGUGCCAUGAUUGGCCUGUUAAAAAGGCCAUUGUCGAUUUGCCAAUAAGAAUGAAAGGAAAUUCCAAACGCAAUUCCUUCUGGUAAUUCGUUGAAUCCGGGCAGAACAAGGAUCUCGGCGCUGCUUUAAUUUGCAGACGUUACUAACCGGGUUUAAAUUACGUCUGCGACACAGGCUAGUUUAAUUGACAUUCCAGUUCUUUAACUACCCAACGUAAGCACCUGGGUCGAGUUGUUCAAAGCUGGGUUAAGAUAACCCAGGGUUAGUGCGACAUUUGAAUUCAGAUUUGAAAGCUUAAAAAGCAUUUCAGGUUUUAUUCUUUUUGUCUACAAGUUGAUGAUUGGAGGCUCUAAAAAUAGCAGGGAAAAUUAUUCGAGAAAAUGCUCAACCCUGGUUAAGCGCUAAUCGGGCUUCGAACAGCUGGGCCCAGGCCACCUUCUCCCCACUAGAGUUCAAGUUCCCCUUAUUAGAGAGAAUAGUUCAUUGACACUUGGUCUUCUAGACGGAAUCUCUCUGGGCAUACAUUGUUUUUUGGUUUUUGUUUUUGUCUUUCAUUGUUUAUUUUUGGUUCUUGUUCAUUUUUUUGUCCUGCAGUAUGGGUUUAGAACAUGAUAAUAGCAGCGAGUGUCCAAACCUUCACUACAUUAUGUCGAGUUAUCUCACAGGAGGGUCUGAAGCUGGAACAUGGUCCAUCUGUAGUAGAAGAACCGUUCAACAGUUCCUAAAGUGAGUAUUAAUUCGAAUAAAUAGUUAAAAUCAUCCGGCAGUGGCCUCUAAGAACUGGCAGUUGAUGGAUAGAGGGUAAUCGACGGGAGAUGGAUGACGUGUUCCACUAUCCGCCAUGCACCCGUGGAAAGAUGCUUUCAAAGGGAAUCAUUUAACACUGAAACUCUUUUUCCUUAACUAUUGCGUCUUAAUAUUUGUUUACUUUAUCAACUUUUUUAUCAUUAGAUAGCGGGCGUGUUUAAGGAUUAGGUUAAAGUAACACUUUGAAUUUGAAUCAGAGGAGGAGCAUUUUGCUACCCCAUACCAAACAACACUCGACUGGUUUCCACCGAUAUGGACAAUGUCAUUGUGGUUUAUUAAUAAAAUGUUGUGAACUAAUAACCUUAUAAAAUGAGCCAAAUGUAAAAUUUAGAGAUACCAUAUUAAGUCGAAAAACUACAGUUUCUGACUCUUUGGUGAAGUGUUUGUCCAGGUAAAUCGCCGAGGUCUGAGUCUAUAACUUGUCCUAUUGGUCCCGUUUCUCCAUGCGUCACUAUAAAUAUAAAGGGGCCUGAAAGCUGUUGUUGUUUACAUUCAAGGUAGAGGUUUCAGUAGUUUCGCAAAUAACAUGAUAAAGCUAUCAGUUAACAACACAAAAUGGACUGGUUUUUUAGCCAAGAGGACCUGCACUAUUAUUCUUUAGAUUUUGAUUUGAAGAUUUGAUUGCUGGAACACGAACAAUUAACGUAAUUUCGAGAAAAGGGCUUCAGACCCUUUAUUUUUAAUAGUAAAAGUGUAACGCGUGUUAAUAUUAAGUUACUACGGUUGACGGGUAUCCUGGAGGUUUACCUGCCUCUAAGACGAGGUUGAAAACUUUUAGCAAGCAAGUAGUUGAAACAUCUUGUACACUGACAGCUUUUAAAUUUUUCUCCAAUGUUUUCGUCCCUAAGGAGUGACAUGUCACAUUGUUUGAAUGAUGCACCAUCAUACAAGAAGGUGACGUACCAAAGUGAUGGGAUAAGUAAUGACACACCUGAAGUCAUCGAUGAGAAGUCAGAAAGAGAUCAUCAGAUUGUUGAUCUGAAGGGCAUCAACCAGGACAAGACUCUGAUGAGUCUCCCUGGUCAGCUUACAAAUGGUGAUGAACAGUGUCGCUUACAACUUGGAGAAGGCCACUACCAAUGUUCCCAAACAGUGGUAAAAAUAACGCAGUAUAAAUAACACUUCUGAAAUCUUGAUUUGAGGUUCCUUUGAUCAUCGCUGAUAACUGUUUUUCUAUUAGAAAUGAUAUAUUGCUGGCUACAUAUUCUAUUCAUAACAAUUACUUAAUGAGUCUAUUUGCGUUUUUUUUGUAGGGAUUCUGGUACUGAUCUUCCCCAAUUAAAACCUCUCCUACCCUCCCCACCCCUAAGCCUUUAAGCACGCACAAUCUAACAUACGUCAUCGUCCCUUAUUUCUCUCAAUGCCCGGCACCUAAACUGCAGACUGAGUCACAGACAACAAGUGCCAGUAGAGUGGUACUUUGAACUGGGGCGUAUUAAAAUGAAUCCACUUGUGGAAAAGUGUUAGCCGAGCGGUGAGAACCUCGAACCUCGGAUCCGAUCGUGGGUCUUUCCUUGGUAUCAAUGGGGUUAACCGAUAGGCGUAAAACGGCCAAAAAUUUAGCCGAUAGUCGUAAAAAUUGAAAAAUUUUAACCGGUACCCGUAAAAAGGGUAAAAACAAGUUAACCGUAAAAGAAAUUGUUCCCUACAUUUGCUAGUUUUAAGGAAGGUGCUAAACUCACUUGUGGUUGUCACUGUUUGUAAACUGACACCUUGCCGAUAAACAACAUUUUCCUGUUUUCUCUGACGCUAAUGUAGACAUUGUCAUGCCUAGUCCCUGUACGGCGUCUUCCCACGCAAUCUCGGUCAAGGCAUUUCGGUGGUGGACUCGCUCGGACCACGUGACCCGAAACGCAUUACCCGCGUGGAAUUUUGUCAUUGGCUGUUUUCACACGAGAGCUAGAAAUGGAUUAUCCGUCUGAGACCAGCCUGUGUACAGUCGCCCCCUCCCCCACAGACAUCCCUUCUCCGUUUUUUUUCUUUUUUUUUUUCUCUGAGGGGAGGGGGCGGCUGUACACAGGCUAUCUUGAACGGAUAAUCCCGUCUUCAAACUGUCCGUCGACAUUGACGGAUAAAGUCAGGCGAUUUGUUCAUUCAAAAUUAAAGGUAUUCCAUUUUCAAAUUAAGACGUAUUAUCUAUCUGACGCGAAUCGUCAAAAGGAUAACCCGUCUCACACGAAUAAUGCGUCUCUAGUGUGAAAACGGCCAUUUCUGUUAUAAUGAAUGUCGCGCCCCGGCCUUGAGUUGGGCGUUCGCGCGUCCCCUGCUUUUGCUUUUUUUCACAAAGAUUAUUUUUAAAUUGACUAUUGACUAUGUGUAAAAUAAUGCUAGAAGUGGAAUACUUUAUAAAAAGUAUAAUCUAUCAAAUGUUAAAAUUUUUCAAAAGAAUAGCUUAUUUCAUCCCGAGAUGAUUUAACUUUUUGAAACAAAAGAAGUUAAUUUUUAACUUUUUUGUUAACCGUAACUAAAGAAAAUAAACCGAUAGCCGUAAAAGAGUCAAAAUUUUAGCCGAUAACUGUAAAAGUCACCACCCUAUUGAGCCCCUCUUGGAUGACAAACUUUGCUCCACUUUUUCUCUCCUUAGCCAGGUGACUGCCAACAUACUGCUAGGGCGAACCCUGCAAUGGGCUGGCAUCCCAUCCAGGGUGGAGUAGAAACACUUGUAGCCGUAAGCUCUGGCCGUAUAGGCCUAUCUAGUGACUCGGGUGGGCCUUGAUCUUUUACGUUACUUCCAAUUACAGGCCGACUGUAGCAUGCUUUUUUGCACAACUGAUGCUUCCUCCUACUGUGUAAGCAAGUUUUCACCUCCUGUAGAUGGAACAUAUUGUGGUGGCCGAAAUGUAAGUCGGUUAAGCACAUUAUCAUAAUUAUUAUAUUCAACGCCACGACCAGAGCCGUUUUGCCUGAUGGUCAUUCAAAAUCACCAUAACUACACUACGAUCAAUGUUAUAUCUUUGUUGUUGUUGUUGCUUGAGUUGAGAGUGUCUUUGAACGCUGAGGACAAGAAAAUAACACAGACGUCUCGAGAAUUGUUGGACUAGAUUCAGUAGUAGGAUACUAGACACAAGUUAUUACAUUCUUGAUCUAAGACGAGGACGACUAUGUGGACGAGAUCAGUUUCUCAACACUAAGUAGUGCGUUUGCUUGAGCCGGCGUCAUUUUGGCGGGAAAACCUGUUAGUGGUGGUCAUUUGACUACUAGUUUUAUGCUUUUUUAAUGUCCCAGUGGCGGAAAUCAAACAAGUUCUCAAAGGUUAGAGGUUUCAUCAUUUGGAGAUCGGAAGAGGGCUUAACCUCCUUUAAUGAAAGUAGCCGUGCUAACUUUUCUUGUGAAAAACGUAUAAUGAACCUUUCCAGGGUAUGUUCUUUUUACGAAUACGCUAAAAAUAUUUCGUGCUCGCCUCGAAUAAGUGUAUCUUUUUUCCCAGAGUAUCUGAACUGUCAAAUUUAAAUUUAGAAAUUUAGGCAACUUUUCUGCUUAAUGAUCACUUUUGCUAGUUUUUUAAACAUUGCCUUAGGUUAAUUAAAUUCUUGCAAUUUGUUAACUUAUUUUUUAGUGGUGCAUAAAGGGAAGGUGUGUUGACAACGGAAGUCCUGUAGUUUAUGGUGGAUGGAGUGCUUGGUCCAAGUUUACUUCCUGUACUCGAACGUGCGGGGGUGGGGUACAACACCGCACUAGGACAUGCACCAACCCACCGUAUGUAGACGAUUUUUGCAUUGUUAUAAUCAUUAUCAUUACCAUUAUCAAACUAGUAUUGUUUACAUGCUCUUUCGGUAUGCUCUUUCUGUAUCGGUAAAGUUUUUAAUAGUUUGAAUUCAAUGACACACUUAUAACUAAAUAAGUACACCCUAAGCAGCUUUUAACCAGUUUUCACAAACAGAAGCGUGGCUCUUCAGCAUACAUAAUUACCACCUUACAACUUUAAUUUUAGAAAACAAACAAACAAGGAAAAAAGGACAGCAGAGUGAUGCUUGAUUGCUCAAUGCACAACCAAAAUACACAAUUUUAUACGUACAGCUGUCGAAUUUAUUAUCGUAAUGAAAUAAUUUUUUUAUAUAAGUAUCAUUCUUGUUGUUGUCGUUUGUUAUUUUAUUAACUGAUAAAACAUCGACUUAGACCAACGCCCGGUGAAGGAUGCCUCGGAGAGAGUAUUGGUCAUUGGAGAAAAUGCAGCAUCUUGGUAAGAUAACAGAAAAAUAACACAGAUUUUUUUGUACUAGGCCAAGAACGUUGAGCCUGAGAAUCAAGGGAAAAUAUGAUCAUUCUAAGGACCUAGCUCGAAAUGGAGUUCGGUUAAAAGUAUACAGUAUUCUAACAGUUUCCACAUGAGCAACAUACUAGGUGAAUUAUCAUGCAAUAAAUAUUUUUGAAACAAUUAUUGGAUUCAGUUUUUGUACCAUGAGAAGAAAGAUCGAGGAGGGUUUUGUCUGGCGAGGUCGAACACUCGACACAGAGCCUCAACCAAUAAUUUCUAAUUAUAACCUCUGAGCAAACAAUUUUUCUCUAAUUUCAGCCCUGUCCUAAUAGCACGCAUCUAACCUAUCGUAAUGAGCAAUGUGAGAAAAGAAAGGGAGAAGGCUGGUACGCUUAUUAUUACGGAAGUGAGUAUAAAAGCUCAGACUUUAAGAGUGAUACUGAUUCGUUCUUUUUAAUGUUACUUGUGUAUGGGGCUAGUUAUUGAAUUGCACUUUAUUUCUAGCAUUCAUCCAGAAACUAAAACAGCACACGUUGUUUCCGCUGUUUGAACAAUUGACAUUGGCAGGUUACUCACCAGAGGUCUUGUUAGAUGCCUCAUAAUUAUGUUAACUGUUGUCUUUUACAGGUCCGUGUUCUUUGUUUUGUCGAUUAGGAAAUGAGAUAACAAUUCAUGGAAUUGGUACCGUUGCAGAUGGAACUCGAUGCACACCCAAUGCUUCCAAUUACAAUAUCUGCAUCCACGGCGAAUGCAUGGUAACUACUACAGAAACGAUGUUGAUGUGAUCCAGUGUAUAGGCGGAUAUCGUGAAAUCAUUGCUUAUUUUUUUGCUCAUUGUCAUACAAGUUAACCCAUAAAAGAUGUAGCCAUAUAUACCAAUUAGGUUCAAAAAUGAAAAGAGCUGGUUAAUUUAAGCAGUUUGUGCAACUUUCAGCUCUUUGCAAUCAGUUAAAAAGAAAAUAGCAGCAACUAAAAACUGCAAAAUUACUGGGCGGCAAAACGUUAAUGAGCUCAUACAUUACUUGUAAUUUUGAGGUUUUUCUAAGAGAAUUUGUCCGAAACUAUUUGAAAUAUCGGGUUCUAAUUUUCAGAGAUAACUGAAAUUGUUAUGCACUUUCAAUAUUCAGAAAUUUCUUUUUACUCGCUUCAUCUGAUCAUAAUAAGCCUAUGCUAAUGAGGCAACAAAUGUAAACAAGGAUUCGCCUAGUAUUAAAAUGCAACGGUUCUGCAAUUUACUAGGUGUCUCGACAUGAAGGGCCAGAGCUCCGCUUAUCAGCGGUGCUAAAACAACAGUCAUUAACCUUUUACAUUAGUAAAGACAAUUAAAACACACUUCCUCUCACUCGUUAUUUUUUUUUUUUCAGCCUACUGGUUGUGACCAGGUUAUUGGCUCGAACACUAGGUUCGAUCGCUGUGGCCUGUGCGGCGGAAGAGGAGACACGUGUAAACGCAUUCAGGGCGUAUACGACAGACAGAUAACUAAAACUGGUUUGUUACAAUGUAGUUUCCACUAACUUUGGGGAAGCGUAGUGGUAACUUGGUUUUCGCCUUUGUAUCCCUAAGUGUUUGUUCUUGGGUAGCGUUCAUACUGUCAAUUUAAUGUCUCCUAUUUGCGCAGCGUUAAGAGAGGUCCGACUUCAUAGCAACGUUCACACGAGAGUUUCAUCAUCAGCAUAUAAAACGUGUUUAAAAUGACUAAAAGUAAAGUUUAGGUUAUGGUGCUUUAUAAGCUGAUGGUGAUUUUCUCUACCUUCAUUUUCUUGCAUUUUAGCUAGUCUACGCAUAGGUCCUGUACUACUCUAUGUAAUUGUCAGCUGCUGUCCAAGAAAAGCGGGAUAUCAUGAUUUUCGUUUCCCGAAAUUAUAAGAGUGUUAUUUAGAAAUAUUUGUUUGUUUGUUUCAUUUUAAACGCUGACCUCAAAACAUUAAUCCAAAGCAUUUUUAAAACAAAAACAGUCAAUAGGACAUGUACCCUGAUAGGUGUUACCAAAUAAUGUGUGUUUUGAUAUUAGGGCCUGUUUACAUGGAGGUGGGGGACCCCCAGGUAUGUGAGGUAACCCGUUUAGAAGGGGUAACCCGCCUGUCCAUAUAAUCUCUCAUUUUAAUUUGAUCACGUUUACAUGUUAGGUGGGGUAACCCGCCACAUGUUACCUCACCUACCUGGGGUCCCCCACCUUCAUGUAAACAUGCCCUCACUUGGGUCAUGACUAUUAAUAGCAACUCAUUUACUUGUAUGUAGGUGUUGAAAAUGCUGAUCUUAUCGUUCAGCUUCCUUUUGGGACAAUCUCGGCAAAGUUUGCUGAAACAGAUGCAACUUACAACAAAAUAGGUAAACAAACCGAUACACACUUCACGGUGAUGUUAUAAUGCUGCAUCGGUGGUGGUAUGGAAAACAAAAAUUUAGUUUCAUAAAAUAAUAUAACUGAGUUUAUAAGGCAAAAUUACCACCAAAAUGUGGAGAUUAAAAAACUGGCAUUCCAGCCCUCUUUCUUAAUCAACGAAUCAAGGGAGGGCGGGCUGGGUAUCAUUUUAUGUUGUCAAAUAGCCUGCGUAGCAGGCGCUUGGAAGUAGUGGGCGAAAGAGAGAACGGGCGCGCGAGGGAGACACGCGAGAGGUGAGGGUCUCCUUCUCGCGCGCCCGUUUUUUCUUGUGCCCACUACUUCCAAGCGCCUGCUACGCAGGCUAGUUGACAAAUAAAUAACGGAGCUACAAUAAUGGUAGGAACAUGGUAAUCGGAAGCAAAAACGAAACAGUUGAAUGAGAAGCGUGCAUGUAGAAAACGAAUUAAAUCUGCCAAUUUGAGAGAUCGUCUAAAAUUUUUCUAGUCUUCGGUUGUUAUAUAAUGUUGCCUUAAUCAAUUCGUCAAUUUCUAACUGAAGAAUCAGUCAAUCAUCGCGACGGGUAAGUAAAUGAUGUGUCAGCUUAAAAUUAUUUUUGACAAUACCUGGCUACAAUCGUAAUAGUAUUUCUAGUUUCAUUUCGCUAUUAACUCAAGUUCUCAUUGUUUAGGUGUAACUUCUGAAAAAGGCGAUUUCUUGAUCGACCCGAAAAAUAACAGAACUACAAGAGCGAGUUUUGCGGACGCUUCAAUUGACUAUAUUCAAAAUGGUGGGCUGUCUGCUGAUGUCCUGGAUAUACGUGGGCCAACAAGUGAUGAAAUGAACGUGAAGGUGACAAAAAAUCAAAUAUAAUGCUCUCAGUUUUGGAAUGUAUAAAUUUUGUUCAUGUUUUAUUGUAAUAAAGUCAAAGCUUUCCUUGCUACCACUUUAGUUAUGGCCGCUUUUGUGAACCCCUGUUUAAAUUGUGACUUAAGCUUUUUCAGUAAUGAAAAGCUCUCGUAAGCGAUCGCGACCGCUCCCAUUAUAAGCGACCGUGACCACUUUUGGGAUUACACAACUCGACUUCUUCCUUUGUUUUCAAGCUCUCGUACGUAACGACCGCUCAGAGUCUUCAAAUAACCCAUGAUAUACACUUACAAAUGAAACUGCAAACUGCGCCAAUGGUUCGUUGAUAAAGAUUUGGGGGUUAUUUUGGUCUAAAAUAAGAGUUUGGCCAUGUCAAAAUCAGAUAUAAAGAUACUCAUUAAACAUUAAUUUAUUCUCUUUUUUCUUUAUGAAUUAUUAAUGAGUUAUCAUCUUAACAAAAGAAGUACUGGUUAAAGUUCAUAAUUCUGCGUUGCGCGUUUCCCUGAAUUAAAAGUUUUCAUAUUCCGAACUUAGUUAUAACCUUUCAAUUCCAUCAUCAUCAUCAUAAUAGGACAUCACCAUCGUCAUGGUUAUUAUUAUUAUUACUCCUUUUUGUUGUUGUUGUUGUUGUUUUUUUCGACCGACUUUAACGAAGGAGAUUGCGAUGGGAAUUUAUCGGCGCAGCCAUAUAUAGGAAAACGCAAAUCAUAUCUGUCACCAAGAGAGGAUAAAGGGGACAGAGAAGGCAUCCCCCAUACACGCCCCAUUCCAUAAGUACUUCGUCUCGAGUUAUUUUUAAGACCACAGAUCCCAAGGGGGAUUAGACAACAGCCAAUCACAUAGCGCGAAUGUGUUCCGCGUGGAUGACCCACGCCCAGAGCCACGCGUCCUUCGCGAAUUGACGCAGAAGAAAAUGGAGGAAGACGCGGAGAGCGAUAUUGCUAUUCGUUUUGUCGACGAAAACGACUAAAGAGUGAUUUCUGCUAAAACUGUGUCAGCGAAGCGGAAAUUAAAAAAGAAUCGCCCUUCCUCUUUUGUAUAGAGCCAACAGUUCAGCAGGGAAACACACUGAAUAUUCUCUCAGGAUCAUUUAUAACUUACAGUUUGAAGAGAGCAAUUUCUGGUUUGAUAUUUAUUCUCUUAAAGUCUUUUAUCAUUCAACAAAAAUAAUACUUGGCGCCCUACUUGCUUUACUGUUCAAGCGGCCGGUUUCAAUAGACCGGUAAAAUUUCUCAUUUUAUUAAAGCACUGAGGCUACGACAACUUCGAGUUAAACUGAUUUCACGUGUUGUCAAAGAGUCCAGCGAUUCCCUUUUCUCAGUUGAGCGCCGACUCAUUUCGCUUCAAUAUUCAGGAAUGCUCUCGAUCUCUUUACGCUUUCAUUGCCUUUCGCCCGACAUGUUUUGCACGGCGAUUAGUCAUGCGAAACCUCCGCGUAACAUCCACGCAGCGCGCGAGGUAACUUUAUCCCGAUUCUAAAGAUAACUCGAGACGAAUUACCUAUGGAAUAGAGUGUGUGUGAGGGAUGCCUUCUCUGCCCCCUUUAUUCUGUCUUGCUGUCACUUAAUGAAUCGCAAUUCAAAUGGGUACUAAAACGUAUGGCUGACAUUCGUAAAUAACCUGAACGGUGAAUAAGUAGACUCUUAUACCAUUUAUAACACUGUUCUAAACUAUACGGUGUGAGCACUGAAACUUAGUUGAUCAUCAUAUUCUAUUAGCUACACCAUGUAGUUUACGACCUUCUCUUUUUUUGUUGUUUUUGGGAAUUUAGUUCAUCAAUGUAAAUGGACCUAAUGUUGGAGUGAAGUACCAAUUUCUUUACCAUGUUCCAGACAAAAUAGAACUGGAAUACAAAUGGUUGCUCGGAAAUUGGACUGAGUGUUCAGCUACUUGUGCGAGGGGUAAGUUGAUCUAAAAAUAGAUUGGACAGAGGAAUGAACAUUUAAAAGAAAUCUAGACAAAGUUGAAUACAGAGUGUCUUUCAACUGUUGUCAAGAAAGGUGACUUCUUUAAUUAUUUAUUUUUUUCACUCUCUUCCCACAUUCUCCUCUAGUUUUUUAACCCUAGUAAUGAUCAUUGAUUACUAGAUCAUUAAGCGUGCCCUAACUGAUCUAAGAAAUGUUAAAGCUUCUUUAAACAACAUUGAAAGUAAAACAAAACAGUCGAAAACAAAACAUACUUAAAGGAAGUCAUUGAAGAAAUGUUUUCAACUUUUCAUGGAGUGUUCUGGGAAGUAUCAGACUAGCUUAACGCAAGGGGCACCACAAGCACCAACACAUGGCCCGGCCAGUAUCUCACGCAUGCGCACAGCUUGCCUGCUUGUCUUCUUGUAAAGUAUCAGCCAACUAAGAAAUCCAAGACUUGAUUUACCCCAAAGGAGGAAAGCGCGACUCAACGAUCUUUCAAAAAAAACAAAAAAGGAUGACAUAAAGUUCUGUGAUCGAUCAAUAAAAAAGGAAGUUUUUGAUAGCUUGAACUUUUUCUUUUGUAAGCUCAUCCGAAAGAGACCUCAUGAAGUGCAACUGUCCUAUUAUAAUAUCAUAUUGAAGCUGAAAUCAGGAUUGCUACUGGCCAAUCCGAUUAGACAAUUUUCUGUCAUCGCUAUCAAUAAAAGGCUUAUUUUUUUCUCCAUGUUAAGGAUUUCAGGAACGUGAAGUGCGUUGCGUUCUGGUGGAGGAUGGAACACCAGCUUAUGAUAACGCUUGUAGUAAAAAAUUAGCUGAACAGAAGCCAAGCACUAAACAAGUGUGUAAUCAGCAACACUGCCCUCCAGAGUAAGUGCUGUACAUGUAUAACUCUAAUUUCACCAAGGACGUAAUCACUGUUGCAAUAUAACUUUAUAACGACAUUCAGAAAGUUCUUCUUCCCUGUCGUAACUUUCACUUAAGGUGAAGUUCGAUAAAGUUUCUAAACAAGUUUCGAAAAUUUACGUAGCUUUGAACCCGUUUGUAUGAUAAAAAAAGGAGUGUCAUCUCACAACAAUUGAUAACAGGUCUCUUGACUUAAAGCCAGCCUUUCAGGCCGACGUUCACAUAAAGUCUGCCAUGUCAAAUCGAAGCAAUUACCUAUACCAAACUUGCCCACCAGUUAUUGCUCCGGCUUUUUUUAAAGACGUAUUGACUAUUACAAAACACUGGUUAUAAAGAUCGAAAAAACUUUAGAAAAAUGUUAGAAAUUUCUGAGAGCAAAAUUCAGUCCUUUUCCUUGCUGUGUAAGGCCAGGGAACGUAAUAAAAUGCUGUGCGUAUGACAAAGGCUUAUGGGGUUCUAAAGAGUACCUGAAUCCUACCCUCCCCUCCCCAAUGAGUGAACACUUGUGACCAAAGUUAUGACGUGCUUGACAUACCUCUUGGCUAAGAAAAUGCGGUUUCCAAACUUUUUAGGAGGGAAAACGCGAAGGCGGUCCUGCUCCCAUACUCCCAUAAGCGUUCAAGCGUAGGAGCCCCAUGUUAAAAAGAAUCUGUCUAUCUCUUUGUAACACCACAAAUGCGUUUAUGUCUCGAAAUAGAUGGCAUUUGACGGAUUGGUCUCCCUGUUCUAAACUUUGCGGCAAAGGAGAACAAACGCGUCAGCUAUUAUGUCGAGAGAGGAUCAGCCAUUAUCGAUACCAUGAACUACUAGAUUCUUCUCAUUGUAGCCAGGAACUACUACCAGAUAACAUAACACUCUCUAGAAGCUGCAACAAGGUUAUAUGCCGGCCAAGUUGGAAAAUUGUGACAGAAUUUUCAGCGGUAAUCGAGUUGUCUUUUGUAAAAUUAUUAUAACCAUUAGCGUUAAAAAAAUGCGCUCUUACUUGUGCACCGAUCAAAGAAAAACACAGACUUAGUGCAACAAAUCAAAAUUAACGCUAGUCUUCUGGCUCCUUUUGGUGUAAUUAGUUCAUUUACAAAUUCAUUUAGAUUUUUAUUUCUGGCCCCAGUUGUUCAAAAGGUGGAUAACACUAUCCACUGGAUAAAUCCCUAACCAGUGGAUGACGCAAUUGGUUUCUGUAUCACUUAAUAUCCGGAUAGUGAUUUAUCUGUUGAAUAGCAGGCACUAUCGGACCUUUGAACAACCAGGGCCUGGAGUUCCAUCAUCUUUAUUUUCAUCAGUCUGAGUUACAUUCCUUUCACGGGCUAAGAUGAACUCAACUCGUUGGCCAGCUGCUCUUAAUGUAUUGGUCUUCGUUGCCCAGUUGGUAGAGCAAUGCAUGAAGCGCUAACUCAGAGGUCAUGAGUUCGAAACCCAAUAGUAGCCCUAAAUUUUGGGGGACUUAAUCUGCAAUUGCUUCAGUUUGGAUUGCCACUGGGAAGGCGCGUAUCUUCAUUUAAUUUAUAUCAGAAGAAUUUUCUCCCACAGUUCACAUCAUCCUCAUUGAAAAGUAUUGUUGGCACCAUUUUGCCAACCGUUACUCGGUAUUUUUUCCAGUGUUCUACUCCUUGUGGCGCUGGAUUUCGACAGCGUAAAGUGAAAUGUAUCAUGAUUGAUGAAGAUGGAAUAACUAAGGAUUUGUCAGAUGAGCACUGUGCCAUGCUACAAAAGCCACCAGAGAAAGAGCAGUGUGACGCCAGUAGAAUAUGUUUAACGCCAGGUAUACAACGCCACAAACCCCUACUGAUAAAAGAAAAGCUUAAAAUACAGACGAAAUUCUUCUUACGGACACCUAUACUAAUAUAAGACGACAGUCAUCCUGUCAUGGUCUUGCCGGCAGCAUACAAACACAGUGCACUUCAAAAGGCACUGACCUCCCUUACAGGGGCUAUCUGUCACGGCCUGCGCAUAUGCGAUGCCAUAUUGGAUUUGAGAAAAAUUUCGUCGUGUUGCCGAUUCUUAUACAGUUUCAGUCGUUAAAAAAGUUUAGUUGACAAGGUUAAUACUAAUAUAUUUGUCCUUUUUCGUGACACCCAAGACCAAAUUAUGGCACGAAUCCGAUGACCACGCGAGAGCCGUCCGUCCGGCGUUUUCUGCUGUGUAUCGAUCCCCUUUCAAUAGCUUCGACUGUAAAACUGACUAGAACUCUUCAACUUAAAUUCUAUUCAAAUUUAAACCUAAUACUUAAUUUUUAACUACAAACCGUAAACGAAGAUUUGAAUCAUGAUGAUUUUGAUUUAAUUUCAAAGUUACAUACAGAGAAACUCAAACGAACAGUCAUGCAAAAACUGAUAAAAAUGAAAAAAGGCGUCAUGUGACAAAUAUCAGUGAUUAAGUAUCUUUAUUUUGGUCUCCAAAAGAAUUAAUAUUAUUAAUCACGUACGCCGUUUAAUUUAAAACUAUAAUUAUGUUUGUGCUACUACAACUUUAAUUUCUGAGUUAUCAUGAAUUAACGAUAAAGAUGAGCUUCAAUGAAGGCUCGAACACUUAGUCCAAGUGUUUGUUUUGAAUCUUUGCUAUAUUUCCAUAAUGGCUACAUAUUUUCUCGAAUUUGAGGCUAAAAUGGAUGCUUUUACCUACAGAUCAGGGUCGAUAUCAGUGCUACCCGGCCAAUCCUUGUCAGAACGAGGCAGUUUGCUUCGAGAAACCUCCAGCAGACUACUGGUGUGAAUGCCCAGAUGGUCUAACAGGCAAAAACUGUGAAGGUAGGUGUCAUCGGAGGUAUGUGAUAAAUAUGAGGAUCCCUGAUUAGUUUUAUCGGGGUGAGGUGGGGGAGGAGGGGAAGCAAUGUGUAUUAAAAGAAAUGUGUAUUAGGAAGAAUGUUUUCUUAGUGUGCGUGGGGCUUUAGACUAACAGAAUUUAUAAGCUUUCAGAUUAAAUGGACCUUCAUUUUAUUGAGAGGCUUUACAAGUUAGAGAGAAUUAAUCCAUUCUUAUCCACAAAGCCACGAUUCUUUUAGCCAGCACUAUACUUGGCUCGAAUCUUGGUGCCGACCAAAAAGAUCACAGCUCUGGGAACGAGAAUGGAACCGCCCCGAUCCGUCCACUUUUGGGCUGAAAUUUUCGAAAACUUUUGUGGUUGAUGGAUUCGACCCCCUCCAAGCCCAAUUGAAAAAUUGAGGCCUUUGUUGCAAUCUACCAUGCUGAUGUGCAGUUGGGAAACAAUGGUGGUCCUAUGACCUAAUGGAUUAAAGACUGGAAUCAUGAAAAAAUAAAUAUUACUUUUUCAGCGGAGAUCAAUCCAUGUGAUGAUCAGCCAUGUUUGAACAAUGGGACAUGCCAGCCUAAAUCCUGGUCAGAGCACCGUUGUAAAUGCUCGGCUUUCUACAAAGGUGAAAAUUGUGAGGGUAAGUUGCAUCCGCCCACCUUAUGGCGGCUGUGAGACUCUUAAAUCGAGGUGCUUCUAUCCGGAUAAGCUGCUUAAAAAAAUACAAAUAACGCUGUUUACGUUUUAUUUUAUUCAGUUUGGUUGACCGUACGGCCUUACCGAAACCUAUGACUAUGUCUAUAUCUAUGUCUAUGUCUAUAUCCUAAUGUCAUUGACUUUGUCUAUAUCUAUAUCUUUGUCUAUGUCCAUGCCUAUACAUCCUAAUGUCUAUGACGAUAUCUAUGACUAUGUCUAUUUGUAUAGUAAUAAUUUUUUAAAGACUGUCCUCUGUAAGUUACUUUACUAGUGAAACGAGAUUUUUUAAUUGGUUUAUAGUUGCAUCGGCAGUAGUAGCCCCCUUACUAGAUUGUUUCUGCGAGCACAUCGGGUAUAUUAUGAGUUAAAGACCUUGGCCCUCCAAUAUCCAUGACUCAGUUCCUCCAUAAAGAAAAAAAUUAAACUUUUAGCUGGAACCCUGUGGUUACCAGCCUUUUAUAUUUAGCUGAAUGAGUUGUCCAGCCUAAAUGAAAGCUAAUGAAGGCCUUUUUCUCAAAUUGAUUCUCAGCGGUUCUCAUCGCGAAGUUAUCGAGUAGUUCAAACUGUAUUUGCUAAAUCAGGUAUCAUCUUAAUUAGGGCAAGCCUUACCCUGAUUAAAGUAUCGUUAAAUGCGUAAUGGUGCCGUUUGCGGGCAAAUAUUUUUGUUUAGAGAAGGUGAAACCAUGUGAAAGUAGCCCAUGUCAUAACCAGGGCAAGUGUGUCACCAAUCCUGCUGACAAGAACGAUUUUAUCUGCCAGUGUGGACAAUGGCUGACAGGGAAGUACUGUGAAAGUAAGUGUAUCCAAAGAAACUACUCUACUAUUUCCGAAAUAUAAGUUUAAACAGAUAUUAAUGGUGAUUGUGUUUUAACGCAGUCCUUAACUUCAAAGAUUGCUAAUGAAAGUGAACGUCUUGCGACGUGAGGCGCUAAGUAAGUAUAGAGCCAACGUGAAGCAACAAGUUGUAUACCUGGAAACAUUUUGGGCACGAGAAUAUCCUUAAUAAAACUUUAAUCCUAGAUUUUGGACUUUUUAUUUGAUAGUUGAAAUGACAAAGUGUGAUGGGCAGCCAUGCCAAAACGGCGGAUUAUGCGUCAGUCGCCCAGACAAAGAUCCAUCUUGGUAUAAAUGCUACUGUGACGAUGGAUUUGAUGGUGAAAACUGUGAACGUACGUAG